CUAUUUAAACUGGAAGAGUACAGCCAUAUUGUGAUGUGUAUCAUCUGGACAACGAAAUCCCGCAGCUUUCUCAUCCACGGUCUUCGACGGCGUAGAGCCGCUCGAGACGUGGCCGCUCGAGCGGCCACGAAGCAUACAUCCGCAUUAACGUCGUGGAAAUGACAAAGAGCCUUAGCCACUGGAUGAUUCAUACCAGCUACUUAUUGUGAUAAACUCUUAGCAUGAUUACUCUCUACGAUCUUCCGACCAAAGCAGCCGAUUCGCCGGGAACUAUGAUGACCUGGCGGACCAGGUAUGCUCUAAAUCUCAAAAGUCUGCCCUACCGCACUGUCUACGUCGAGCUCCCCGAUGUCGAGGCUCUAGCCAAAAAGAUCGGUGCCGCUCCCACCACGACGAAGCCGGAUGGUGUAUCUCCCUUCUACACGAUCCCCAUCAUCCAAGAUGACUCUACUGGAACCGUCGUCUCCGAUUCUCCCGCUAUAGCGGCUUAUCUCGACAAGACCUACCCCGACUCCGGGCCCAUUCUCAUCCCCACUGGGACGAUGACUCUCCAACUCGCUUUCUCCAGUGCAGUUGUCGAUGCGUUCGCUCCCCUCCGGCCAUUCUAUGCUCCGGGGUUAACGACAAAGAUGAACGAGGCGACGGCGGCGUAUUUCUUGAAGAGGUUCGGCGGGGCUGUCAAGAUUGAGAUGCCAAAAGGGGAGGAGCGAGAGAAGCUGUUGGUACAAGCGAAGGAGAAUUUUGGGAAGAUGAACAAAUGGUUUGAAGGAAGCGAGGGAGACUUUGUUAUGGGGAACGAACCGUGUUUCGCGGACACGGCGAUUUGUGCGUUUUUGUGGUUCACGAGGAGGAUGGUUGGGGAGGAGAGUGAGGAGUGGAAAGACGUCGUUAGUUGGAAUGAUGGCAGGUGGGGGAGGUACUUGGAGAGUUUCAAGCCGUAUGAGAAACUCUUAUAGGAAAUGUCCUCUAAUAAUCACUCAGUUUUCUCGCUAAUUCCUUUCAAAGACAGCCGUAAAGCAACAUUUUCUCCAUGAAGAGAUUACACUAUUGUUGAAAGGGGUCGAUUACCUUCUGUGCAAUACUGUU